UGGUCCCUGUGGGCGAGGAGGGCUCCAACAAUGUCCCAGUCACCGUCCCUGACAGCAUCACAGAGUGGAAGGCCGGGAUGUUCUGCACGGCAGAUGUUGGCUUUGGACUUUCCUCCACGGCCACCUUGACAGCUUUCAAGCCGUUCUUUGUGGAGCUGGCCUUGCCAUGUUCUGUGAUCCGUGGAGAGGCCUUCACCCUAAAGGCCACUGUCUUCAACUACCUGCUGCAAUGCAUCAAGGUGCAGGUGACACUGGUGGAGUCUACGCAGUUCCAGGCACAGGCUGGCGAGGAGAGCGCUUACACCAGCUGCCUCUGUGCAGAAGAGGGGAAAACCUUCCAGUGGGAGGUGACAGCCACCAGCCUUGGGGAAGUGAACUUCACUGUCAGCACCGAGGCCCUGCACACCCAGGAGCUGUGUGGCAAUGAGGUGGUUAUAGCACCUGCCCAGGGGAGAGUGGACACUGUGAUAAAGCCCCUGCAUGUCCAGCCGGGCGGGAUCCUGGAGGAGAAGGCGCACAGCUCCCUGCUCUGCCAGGAAGUGUCAGAAAACGUCUCCCUGGCGAUUCCUGGGAACAUAGUGGCAGGCUCUGAGCGAGCCCACGUGACUGUCCUGGGUGACAUGAUGGGUGCAGCUCUGCAAAACAUCGACCGCCUGCUGGCCAUGCCACAUGGCUGCGGGGAGCAAAACAUGGUUCGAUUCACUCCCAACAUCUACAUCCAGCAGUACCUGGAGAAGAGCGGCCAGCUAGCCCCAGAGAUCAGAGACAAGGCCCAGGGCUUCCUGAAGAGUGGGUACCAGCGUGAGCUGACAUACAAGCACAAUGAUGGCUCUUAUAGCGCUUUUGGGAAGAGCGAUGCCACGGGCAACACCUGGCUGACGGCCUUUGUUGUCAAGUGUUUUGGCCAAGCCAGACCCUACAUCUUCAUUGACCAGCAGCACAUUGAGGAUGCCCUCAAGUGGCUGCAGCAGCACCAGAUGGAGAACGGCUGCUUCCAGAGUGUGGGGAAACUGCUGAACAACGCCCUGCAGGUAUGA